AUGCCGCUCGAGAUCCGCCCCGUCUCCCCCGCCGACGCCGACGCCAUGGUCUCCAUCACCAACGCCGCCCUCGGCUCCAGCGGCCUCAUCCGCCUCAAGCACGCCUCCCCGCCGCACCCCGCCUACCGCCGCCACCACAAAGCCGGCGUGCUGAAGGCGCUCGCGAAACCCACCGCCCGCGUCUUGAAGGUCGUCGACACGGACACCGACGACGAUGAGAUCAUCGCGAUCGGCCAUUGGGAAAUCUACGACAACGGGCGGCCGGACGAGGAGAUUGCCGAGCUGGAGAAGCCGUUCGAGCCGCUUGAAGAGGAGCGGGAGCGGUUUGGGGUUGUGCAGAGGGACUUUUUUGAGUAUUUGUUCCGCGUGAGGAGGGAGGUCGGGAAGAUGCCGCAUUAUUAUUUGAGCCUUCUCGUGACGCAUCCCGAUCACUACCGCCGCGGCGCCGGCUCCAUGAUUGUCCGCUGGGGCACCGAGCGGGCCGACAGGGACGGCCUGGUUUGUAUCCUUGAGGCUAGCGAGGCGGGGAGACCGUUGUAUAAACGCCACGGUUUCGUGGAACGGGUGGUGACGACGUUCGAUCUCACAAAGUACGGCGGCACGGGCACCGACGAGAAUACUACUAUGAUCAGGCAGGCGGUUGAGGGCUGA